CACUUGUUUACUUCCAUUGCGCGUAUCACUGACUCCAUCAGGUUCCUCUCUGGAUGACUCAACUUCUGACCUGCACCAGUGCUUGAAGUUGAAUACGGGGAUCUUCCGCUCGGCUAAUGACUCGCUUAUCAAGGGUGUAUAUGAGCUUGUGCGCAUCUUGUAUGUCCAACAAAACAUGACCGCCUCUUCCUCGAGUGGAAAUAGCGCACCCAACGAUUCUUCAAGUACUCCGGACAGUGCUCAUCGCCCUACAACUUCAAUCUCGUCUUUCGCCCCAGUUCAUGUCCUCCCUCCGGAGCUUCUCGCCGAUAUCUUCGACCUCACUGUACCGCCUUCUUGGUACCCCCACUACGCCGGACGCGUCGUCCUCUCUUUCACGCAGGUGUGCUCCAACUGGCGCGCUGUAGCCCACUCAUGCAUGUCCCACCUCUGGGCUGACAUCAGCGUGCACAUCGAGCAUUCGCCGAAGGAGUGGGGACAAGUCGUGGCAGCGUAUCUUGAGCGCUCGUCCGCGAGCUCGCGGCACUUGUCGAUCACGCUGGACUUCACCAUCGACUGCAACCCGUUCGCUGAGUCCGAUGUCUGGCCGAAUAUUGAAUGGGAUUCCGAGGCAUGGGCGCUGCUCUGUGCUCAGUCGCUCCGUUGGGCAAAGGUCAAGCUGGACGCGAUCCCGCGCGAGGCGUAUUCAGGGCAGCGUUUGUCCUGCCCCAUUCUAACACAACUGUUCCUUGGGCUACUGGAAGAAGACCCCAUCGGCCCAAUUGCGCCAGAAUCCGUAGCGGACGUCCCCACCGCCUUCUUCGCCGACGCGCCUGCUCUUGAGGCCCUCACCGUAUCCCUCGAGCACAAGCCCACCUCCUUCGACAUUCCCAAACCGUGGAACCUCGCCCGCCUCUCCAUCCUCGACCGCCUCACCACGCCCUCGGGCACCUUUGGCGCCUGCGCGUCCGCCGUGCGCGCGUCCUCGCGCACCCUCACCCACCUCGCCAUCGACGUCAUGAGCUUCGGCGAAUGGAUCGGGCCGCCCGCGACCCUCCCCGCCCUCCAGACGCUCUACCUCGCGCGCGGCGCCAUCGCGGUCGCCCCGCGCCACCUCGUUGCGCCCGCCGUGCACACGCUCACCCUGUGCGCGGGCUGGGGGUGCAUACACCCCCAGGAGCAGGCCGCGCUGGAGUUGCUGGUCCGCCGCUCAGAUGGCAUGCAGAACCUUCGUACCAUGUACCUCCGCGGAAUGGCCGCGAACGGGCUGAGCAUCCAUCCCUGCCUCGCGCUGUUCCCCACCGUCACCUCCCUCGCGCUGGACUUCCACACGCAGACCGCGCAAAACGAGCACAUCCGUAUUGUUGGCAGGUUUAUGUACCGCGAGAGGGACCCUAGGGACCCGAAGCGAUUUGGGCAGCAGUUCAAGACAAUGCCAGAGCUGAGGUCGUUGUCGAUCGUGUUUGGGGAGCAGUGGAGAAGGAAUAUGUUGAUUGGGCGGCUCGUGCGGAAUAUGUUGGAGAAAAGGGCGGUGGAUCCAGAGGGGUCGAGGACGUUGAAGACGUUCGACAGCGAUAUGGUACCGGAUGGCGAGCAUGUGUUGGGGGAAUGGCCGGUACCGAGGCUCUUCGAAGAACCAAGAGGGAUGGAAUUUCCUGUGCCGUAGAUGUAGUGAUGAUAUUAGAGACGAGAACAUACCCUGAACAUCAUG